UUCUCGGGGCAGUGUUUACAUUAGAUGUGCUAUAAGUUGACCUGUCAGUAGGGGACGCCGACACAUCGGCCCGCACGCCAUGGCGCUCACAAUGUACGACAGCGUUCUUCUAGUGCCUCUGGCAGUAAUCAUUAUAGUGUUGACACAGCAGAAGACGAAAACAUUCUUGCUGCUGGAUGCAAGUUUGGCACUGAUUGAGUCGGUAGCCCUAAUAUUUGCCUCUUCACCAUUUACCUACGAGUCUCUGUCCAGUGUACCCUACGAUGGCUUACAUCACCUGCUGAAUCAGUUCAACAUGUGCUAUGGUCUAAUGACACCCUUGUUCUAUCUCUUCUUUGCCCGCUCGGCUAAAGGCGAAGAAGCUACCUUAGCUCUCCUGGCUGCUCGGACCGUUGAACUUGGUCUGAUGUUCUUCAACCAGUGUCGGAACCCGCAGAUAUUCAACGACAGAUACACCCUUGUGGUUCUGUCGAUAGCCAUGUGGUUUGGUCUGACGGCAUUCCAUCUCUACCAAAGUGGUGCCGUAGCUUCGAAGUCGGGCCCAGGUCUUUCAUCAACAAGUGCCUCAAGGUGA